AUGUUCCCGGGAACUCAGGCCAGGAUGACGUCGCCUGGGUAUAAAACAGGGAAGAGGUUCAGAUGGCUCCUACUCCGAGCAGCCGUCUGGGCUGAGCAGGGGGGACCGGGAGGGAGGAGGAGGGAGGGCCGGUGGCGCACUCGCUCGCUGCCGGCGCCCGAUCGCCCGCCCGCUCCCGCUCCCGCUCCCGCUCGCGCCUGGAAACGCGCGGGAAGUUUCGCCCAAAGAAGCGGCUCCCCGGCCCGGCCCGGCCCGGCCCGGCUCCCUCCUGGGGCAGCGCGGCGAUCGGGGCUCCCGAGUGGCCGAAGCCCGGCGACAUCCUGCCCUGGCUACGAGGGCACCGGCUCGGUCCUGAUGUCCCCUGUGCCCCACCAGAUGCUGCCCUACAUGAACGUGGGCACCUUGUCCCGGACCGAGCUGCAGCUGCUCAACCAGCUGCACUGCCGGAGGAAAAGGAGGCACCGGACCAUCUUUACGGACGAGCAGCUGGAAGCCUUGGAAAACCUCUUCCAGGAAACGAAAUACCCGGACGUGGGCACCAGGGAGCAGCUGGCCAGGCGGGUGCAUUUAAGAGAGGAGAAAGUGGAGGUUUGGUUCAAGAACCGCCGGGCGAAAUGGAGGCGGCAAAAGCGAUCCUCUUCGGAGGAGUCGGAGAACGCCCAGAAGUGGAGUAAAGCGAGCAAAACUUCCCCGGAGAAGCGGCCGGAGGAAGCGAGAAGCGAUUUGGACUCCGACAGCUGAUACCUGCCUCUGCGCGGACUGUCGGGCUGGCGCCCGAGGAUGCUGCUCACUUGCACAAGCUCUGCCUUGUCGGAGGGGGACAGAUGUCUGUACAUAGUGUACCCGGCCCCGGGCUGCUUCCUUGUAAAUAAAACGUG